UGCUCGUUUCGUACGUGAUGUUCUCAGCAUCGUCGAAAAUAUUUACAUACUACGCCGGGAGUGUGCGUGGCGAUGUACGCGUGUCGAAUCGAGUACAUGCGAUAGGAUUGUAAUUUAAUAAUAUUUCUUUGUCUUCGAUAAAUAUACGGGAGAAAUUUGCGUAAGAUCAGAUUCUCGAAGCGACGUGAGAUCUGUCGUGGAAUAAAAGCUGGACUACGCGCGCCCUGUCGCUCGUCAUCGUCUUCAAUGUGGUGAACACUCGCUUUCCGGUGACAGAAACGUACGAAUUCGCCGGAGCGAGUAAGCGCGAGGAGCGGGCGAGUCGGUCCUCAGGAGCAUAAAUGGCACUGCUAUUCACCAGCAUGUGGGACUCGACGAUGUUCCUGAGUACCCUAACCCCAAAGUUCUACGUCGCGCUCACCGGCACCUCGUCCCUCAUCUCCGGUCUGAUCCUCAUCUUCGAAUGGUGGUACUUCAGGAAAUACGGCACCUCGUUUAUCGAGCAGGUAUCCUUGAACCAUAUCUCACCGUGGAUCGGUGGUGGUGACAGCUCUAAUGACAGCAAUACCUCCAGCCUAAACGGCUCCGGUGGAUCCUCAAAUCAGCAGAAUGUGCCAGAGUGUAAAGUCUGGCGCAAUCCGAUUAAUUUAUUCAGGGGUGCGGAGUAUCAGAGAUUUUACUGGGCCACCAACAAGGAGCCCCUCACGUACUACGAUAUGAAUCUGUCUGCUCAGGAUCAUCAGACUUUUUUCACUUGCGAGGGUGAUACAGGUAAAACAGAAUAUGAAAUCAUGCAGACAGCUUGGAGAGAGCGCAAUCCAGUAGUAAGAAUACAAGCUGCGCAUAGUGCUCUCGACCGUAAUCCUGAUUGUGCGCCAGCUUACAUUCUUCUCGCAGAGGAGGAGGCCACUACUAUUGUAGAGGCAGAAAAGAUCCUGAAGCAAGCUCUAAAAGUGGCUGAAAACAAUUAUAGAAAGUCGCAGAAUACCCAGCAUCAGGGCUCCAUAGCUGAAGCGAUACACAGGCGUGAUACAAAUGUGUUGAUCUACAUCAAAAGGAGAUUAGCGAUGUGCGCGCGAAAGUUAGGAAAGUUGAAGGAAGCUGUGAAAAUGUUUCGCGAUCUUACGAAGGAGGUGCCACCAAUCAUGAAUGUAUUAAACAUCCAUGAGAAUUUGAUCGAGACUCUAUUGGAGAUGCAAGCCUAUGCGGAUGUGCAGGCCGUAUUGGCCAAGUACGACGACAUCAGUCUGCCGAAAUCGGCGACCAUUUGCUAUACAGCUGCAUUGCUGAAAGCACGGUUGGUAGCGGAUAAGUUUUCGCCUGAUAUCGCCAGCAAGCGCGGCUUGACCACCGCCGAGAUGUCGGCGGUGGAGGCGAUUCAUCGGGCCGUGGAAUUCAAUCCUCAUGUACCCAAGUAUCUCCUGGAAAUGAAACCGCUCAUUCUUCCGCCCGAACACGUGCUGAAGCGUGGCGAUUCCGAGGCGAUUGCAUAUGCGUUCUUCCAUUUAGCGCACUGGAAGCAGAUAGAAGGCGCUUUGAAUCUGCUUCAUUGCACAUGGGAGGGUACGUUUAGAAUGUUGCCGUAUCCGCUCGAACGCGGACAUCUGUUCUAUCCGUAUCCCACGUGUACUGAAUGUGCCGACCGGGAACUCUUGCCGUCGUUUCACGAUGUUAGCGUCUACCCGAAGAAGGAACUUCCCUUCUUCAUCCUCUUCACCGCCGGUCUGUGCUCGUUCACCGCACUAUUGGCCCUGUUGACACAUCAGUAUCCGGACACUAUGGGCGUAGUUGCCCGCUCCAUGCUCGCUUGGUUUUCCCAUCCAUUUUACUACAUUCUCGACAAGCUGGAAACUAUAUUGCCCUCUAACUUAUUGCAACAGCUCUCUAGAAUAUAAUAAGGCUGUGUUUCCACAUGAUCUCCAUUAAAUUAAGACUUAUUGUGAUA